AUGUAGAAGGUUAUGGACAUAGUGACAUAAUCAAAAUUCUAAUAUGAUCUAACCUUUAAAAUUUUAUACGGGUAAUGCCUCCCAAUUACAGGCAUUUUUUCAAAGCAUUUGAAUUGAAAAAUGUUAAAAGUACCGCAAGAAAAGCAUUUUCUAAAAAGUAUUUAUUUUAUACAAAUGUGUUCAUCUCUUUCACUCUUUCUGGUGCUGGAGACUUCGUAGAGCAGCAAUAUGAAAAAACAAAGGGUACAACAACGGAGUACAACUUAACGAGAACCAAAAACAUGUCAAUUUCUGGUGGGAGUGCAGGUGCUUUGACCCAUUUUUGGUAUAUAUAUUUGGACAAGAUUAUCCCAGGUGCUUCUUUUCCUAUAGUUGUAAAGAAAUUAAUUUUAGACCAAUUGAUAUGCUCGCCUUUUGUGAUUGUAAAUAUGUUUGUUAUAGUUGGUUUUUUAGAAAAAAAAACGGGUAAAGAAAUUUUUAAUGAAAUAAAAAAUAAAUCUAUCACUUUAUAUAUUGCUGAAUGGAUAGUUUGGCCUCCUGCUCAAUUUAUAAAUUUUUAUUUGAUUCCUGGUAGGUUUCGAAUAUUAUAUGAUAACAUCAUUUCAUUUGGAUAUGAUAUAUAUUAUUCAAGUAUUAAGUACAGAUAAUAAAUCCUAUGUGAUCUUGAUUACAUAGGCUGAAGCUAAUUUGUGUUCAUUAAAGCAAAAAACAACUUCCCACUGUGAUAAGAAUGUUUUUAUAUUUGAACAUUAAAAGUUAUGAUAAAAAACUA